AUGGCAACUCUGGGAGUUGGCUCCGGCCAGCUCCUCCGACGUCAUGCCCUAGCCAACAUGCGCGGACGAUGCUCUGGCUGCGCGGACCAGCAUGUCACAACUCUCAUGACAAAUUAUAGAUACUCCCUGCGAUAUCCAAUUGCCGUGCGAAACUUCACGUCGCGAUCUGGCGGACGCCCGAGGUUCUCUCAGCGCCUGGGGGAGGCACUCCGCAAUAGCAAGAUAACCUGGUACCACAUUCCUGUUGGCGUGGGCAUUGGCUUCCUCGGCCUGGUACAGUUUUAUAAAGUCACCGCAAGGGAGCAAGAGAAGCGAAGGCAGGAGCAGGAUGGUGUACCUGACGAUCAACCGCGAAAGCGUCGCAGAAUUCGACCUGACGGACCAUGGCAAGUCCAGGUAAUGUCAACGCUACCUCUGAAGGCCAUUUCGCGACUGUGGGGGAAAUUCAACGAAUUGACUAUUCCAUACUACCUUCGCGUGCCUGGAUUCAAGCUCUACUCAUUCAUAUUUGGUGUUAAUCUCGAUGAAGUAUCCGAACCCGACCUGCACAUUUAUCCAAAUCUAGCCGCCUUCUUUUACCGAACACUUAAGCCAGGGGCGAGACCCCUCGAUCCCGAUAGUCAUGCGCUGCUCUCGCCAUCUGAUGGUAAAAUCCUUCAAUAUGGAAGAAUCGAGGGAGGAGAUAUUGAACAAGUCAAGGGCAUGACCUACAGUGUCGAUGCGUUGCUGGGUAAAAACACACCAACCGCGAGCAUCGCAUCGGGCCAGAGCUCCGCGUCUGGCCAAAGCAGUAUUGGUGUAACUCACGGAGAUGAAGAUAUUGUGAAGCAGGAGGAAGAAUUCGCAAAGAUGAAUGGCAUCUCCUACACCCUUCCGGACCUGUUGUCGGGUCAACAUGAUGCUCAAAAACCUCACCCGAUGCCAGAUGAGUCGACCGAAGCCUCCGCGAGGGCCGUGUCGGAAGUCCGGGCAGAAUUGGCUCUUGGAGAAAAACCGUGGUACGAUCUUGUUUCGGCAGACAAGAACACAUCACUUUAUUACGCCGUGAUCUAUCUAGCUCCAGGGGAUUACCACAGAUUUCACUCACCCACAAACUGGGUCGUUGAGCGGCGACGCCAUUUUGCCGGAGAGUUGUAUAGCGUUUCCCCCUACUUGCAACGAACACUGCCCGGUCUGUUUACCCUUAACGAGCGCGUAGUACUCCUGGGUCGAUGGCGGUAUGGUUUCUUCAGCUAUGUUCCUGUUGGUGCCACAAAUGUUGGUUCUAUCAAGAUCAACUUUGAUCGUGAGUUGCGAACCAACAGCCUGUUGACUGACACGGCUGCGGAUCACGCCGCAGAGGAAGCGACCAAACGUGGCGAGCCCUAUGCGGGAUUUGCCGAGGCCACUUACGAGGGUGCAAGCUCAGUCCUCCACGGCCACGCACUCCGUCGAGGCGAGGAGAUGGGUGGGUUUCAACUAGGCAGCACCAUUGUUUUGGUAUUCGAAGCACCUUCGGAAAGGGUAGAGAACGGCAAGCCCAGCCAAGGGUGGCACUGGGCUGUCGAAAAGGGACAGACGAUCAAGAUGGGACAAGCACUUGGACGCAUCUUGGAGGAUUAG